CAGCCAUCUAUCUUUGCCAAUGGCUUGCGAGCAGCCUGGGCAGAACUACAUUUCCCAGCGCCCCCAGUGGGGGAAGAGCGAGUCAGACCCGGGGAGCCAGCUGCUCCGCUGUUUGUUGUAGGAGCAGGGCUGCUAACCGAGGUCAACGCGGGACUCUCACAGCUAGCUGAUCCCUGCUGCUGGACACAGCACCCCUGAGCACAGUAAGUCGGGAAAACCUACCUCUAGGUGUUGGUUAUGGCUGCAAUUUAUCAAGCAGCAUAUAGAAGAGCUUCCUCUCUCAUCUGCAGGUUACACUCUACCUAUGUUAGAAAAAUGAGAUACUUAAAUGAGUUAAAGGAAGAUGACAGCCUUUGUAGACAAGCCCAGACCGCAGGAACUUUCUACCUCUUUCACAAUCUCUCUCCCUUCCUGGAGAAAGUUGGGGAAAAAUAUUUCAUACCACAGCUCAGUGCAGCAGAGAUUAAAAGGAUCCUGGAGAAAUUCAAAGAGACAGAACAGUGGAUAGAGAAGUCGGUGCUGAUCGGUUGUUCAGACGAGCACAUACCACACUUUGCCCUGGAUUUAGGAGCCUUGGAAAAAUCAGUCAUUGAGUCUCAACUCAAGGGAUCAUUUACUAACUUACAAAAGGCUCUCUUCGUAGUGGAUAGGAAGGAUUCUCCUUUGCUGGCUUCGGCUCAGUCCCUUCUCCAGUGGCACGAUUCCCACCAGUACUGCAGCAAAACUGGGCAGCCCACUCAAAGAAACAUAGCUGGCAGCAAGCGUGUCUGUCAUGCAAGCGGAAUAACUUACUAUCCACAGAUGUCUCCAGUGAUUAUCACCCUGGUGUCUGAUGGGAGCCGGUGCCUCCUUGCACGACAGCCCUCGUUUCCCCAGGGAAUGUAUUCUGCUCUGUCAGGCUUUUGUGAUAUGGGUGAAAACGUCGAGGAGGCAGUCCAUCGAGAGGUGGCAGAAGAGGUUGGCCUAGAGGUGGAGUCACUCUGGUACUCAGCUUCUCAGCAUUGGCCCUUUCCCAGUAGCUGCUUAAUGAUAGCUUGUCACGCUAUAGUGAGGGCACAGCAGGCUGAGAUCAGUAUGAACAAGCUGGAACUAGAGGAAGCCCGUUGGUUUGGCUUGGAGGAAAUUGUGGAGGGUCUCAAGAGACAGCCCAGAUCUUCAAAGCAAGAUGAUGGUAGCUUUUUACCCUGGUUUCCUCCCAAACAGGCCAUUGCUCACCAGCUGAUUUGUGAGUGGGUUAAGCAGCAGACUUCCUAGCUGGCUUAGACAUGUCUUCAUCAAGUCUGUGAUUAUGCCAGAACUAUGAAAGUUCAAUAAAAAAAGCUUCCAAAGUUA